GCUAUUUGUCCAAUCACGAGACCGGGUGGCUUGACAAGAUGGCGGCGCGCGGGGAUCGUAGCAUCUGCGUUUCUAGGAGCUUUGCGCUGCAGGUGGCGUAAAAUUUGGGGACUGUACAGUACCACGCCAGACAGGUUGUUGGGGAGAAGCAUCCGCCUCGAAGAUGGCUCUGAGUAAGUCAAUGCAUGUAAGAAAUAGAUACAAAGACAAACCACCUGACUUUGCAUAUCUGGCAUCCAAAUAUCCAGAUUUUAAGCAGCAUGUUCAGAUAAAUCUGAAUGGAAGAGUAAGUCUUAAUUUUAAAGACCCUGAAGCAGUCAGAGCUUUGACCUGUACUCUUUUAAGGGAAGACUUUGGACUUUCUAUUGAUAUUCCAUUGGAGAGACUAAUUCCCACAGUUCCUUUGAGGCUCAACUACAUUCAUUGGGUAGAAGAUCUGAUCGGUCACCAGGACGCUGACAAAACUACACUUCGAAGAGGAAUUGACAUAGGUACCGGGGCAUCCUGCAUCUAUCCCUUACUUGGAGCAACCUUAAAUGGCUGGUAUUUCCUUGCAACGGAAGUGGACGAUAUGUGUUUCAACUACGCAAAGAAAAAUGUGGAACAGAAUAACUUAUCUGAUCUCAUAAAAGUGGUAAAAGUACCACAGAAGACACUCCUAAUGGAUGCUCUUAAAGAAGAAUCUGAGAUAAUCUAUGACUUUUGCAUGUGCAACCCUCCUUUUUUUGCCAACCAGUUGGAGGCCAAGGGAGUAAACUCUAGAAAUGCUCGAAGACCUCCACCUAGUUCUGUAAAUACAGGAGGUAUCACAGAAAUCAUGGCCGAAGGAGGUGAAUUAGAGUUUGUUAAAAGGAUCAUCCACGACAGUUUACAACUUAAAAAAAGAUUACGGUGGUACAGCUGCAUGCUAGGGAAGAAAUGCAGCCUGGCUCCUCUGAAGGAAGAGCUUCGCAUCCAAGGAGUUUCUAAAGUCACCUUCACUGAGUUCUGUCAAGGUCGGACAAUGAGAUGGGCCUUAGCUUGGAGUUUUUAUGAUGAUGUCACAGUACCAUCACCACCAAGUAAGCGAAGAAAAUUAGAGAAGCCAAGGAAACCCAUUACGUUUGUAGUGCUGGAGUCUGUGAUGAAAGAAUUAUCCCUCAAAGCAUCAUCUUUGGGCUCUGAGACAGUGGAAGGCAUAGUGGUUGUGACGACAUGGAUAGAAAAAAUUCUCACUGAUUUGAAGGUCCAGCAUAAACGAGUUCCCUGUGGAAAAGAGGAAGUUAGCCUUUUCCUGACAGCCAUAGAAAACUCCUGGAUUCAUUUAAGGAGAAAGAAAAGAGAACGAGUGAGACAGCUGAGGGAAGUGCCUCGAGCUCCUGAGGACGUCAUCCAGGCCUUGGAGGAGAAAAAGGCCACCCCUAAAGAGUCGGGCAGUAGCCAGGAUGUGGCCCUGGCCCCCCAGGAGAGUGCCCUGUGUGUGGCUGCCAUGCAGGAAGAUGAGUUUGCCACUGUUGGUGGCCACUGCCCAAGCCAGGAGUCAUUGUCCCAGGAGGAAACCCCAGGACCCCUGGAGAAUGAAAGGAGUGAGGAAAGGGGAGGGACAGAGGCCAUAGAAAGUUGUAAGGGCUCUAGCAAUGGAGCCCAGGAUCAAGAGGCUUUUGAGCAGUUCAGCAGCCCUGUGGCUGACAAAGGGAAGCACCUCCAAGGAGAGGGUGCACAGUACCUAUUCAAGUGUUUGAUAAAUGUCAAGAAGGAAGUGGAUGAUGCCUUAGUUGAAAUGCAUUGGGUUGAGGGCCAGAACAGGGAUUUAAUGAACCAGCUUUGUACCUAUAUACGUAACCAAAUUUUCAGGCUUGUUGCUAGUUAACGUCAAAAUUCUUGUAUAGUUCAGUGUGUGUAUGGGGCUGGGUGUAGGUAGCUGAGUGCUAAAGUGUGUGCUUAGUGUGCAGGAAGCCGUGGGUUCAAUUCCCACCACCCUCCAAAAAACACAUUAACAGCUUGCUUUGGAGUAACCUUUGGGUGGCAAGAAAAAUUUCUUCACUGGCCCAGAAGUGACAUUGUGUGGAAUUAUCUUAAAAAGUAGAAAUCAAUCCAUUUAAACCAUCCCCCCACUGCUGCCCUUUUGUUUUGUUUUGUUUUUUUGUUACAGGGAGUUAUUGUAUGGUAGUUCAGGAAGAAUUGCUCAUCAGCAACAACAGAAAGCUGUCAGUGAAUUCAGGAAAAAUUUAAAGCUGAACCAUGCUGGUCAUCAUAGCUUUAGACUAAUUCUGUGAGGCCAGAGGGAUAUAACAUAUCUGGUCUGGGUCAGUGCUGUCCAGAGCAUUCUGGUCUCUGUCCCCAAGGGUUGGCUUGUGAGAGGUGGUAGCACUCUUGUCCUCCAGCACAGGCAGUACAGCAGGGCAGGCAGAGGUCCACUUUGAGUCAUCCUUAAGGCAGAACCUGCUCAGCCUGGGCACAUAUGAUUGAUUAACUGUGCUCAAGUCCCCAGAAAGGAGCUGGCCCCAUGGUAGGCAGUGAGAGGUCGGGGAGAAAAACCUUAGGAAGCCCCAUCUGAGGACCUCUGGGGUACCGAAUAUUCCUGGUUUGUGGCUGUUUUGAUAUUGCUUAUUUCAGAAGCAGAAUUAGGUGAGCAAAACUCCAAGAUAUGACUGAGAUACAACAGAACACACCCAUACCCUCAUCUCUAAUUCAUCAAAAGUACUAGUAUUUUAUAGCAGUUUUACUUCUGUGUUUUUGUUUCAACAUGUGAAGUAGAGCUUGUUUUCUUUUUAAUAUAAGAAUUUUCAGAGAUGAAAUCUGUCAAUCCUGUUUGAAUCCUGGGGUUGGGGAAAACAUUUUCUUGGCAGUGAGUGGUUAGGUGGUUAAUGAUAGAAAUCAGAAAGGGAACAGGGCACUUUGUGGAGUAGAUAACUUAAAUUCUUGCCUAGAGCCGGGCUUCAUGGCACACACUUGUAAUACCAGCACUUGAUAGUCUGAGGCAAGAAGAUCACUAUGAGUUGGAGGCCAGCCUGUACUACAAAGUGAAUUCGAGGCAAGCCUGGACUAAAUAGUGAGACCCUGUGUCAAAAAACAAACAAAUAACAACAACAAAAAAGAAAGCCUUGCCUUUUGGCAGGUAAUUUGUGCCUGGUCAAAUGCUGCUUUUUGUGGCUUCCCUUUUACUCUCUUGUAUGCUUACCUUCUAACACUGGAGAAUCCUGAGGCCAGUGUAACCAUUUCUUCAAAACAGGUCUCUAAUUGAAGUGCCAGGAUGCAGCAGAUAUCUCUGGAAACAGCUCUCAGUCUUUGUUCUACUGGUGUCUCAGUAACUGUCUGCUGUCCUUGACUUUCACAGUUUGAUUUUGUACCAGCAGCCUAGAGUUCUCUUUAGACUAAAUCUUUGAGUCUAGUGCCAAAGCUCUUUACCAUGUGUCGAGAAGCGUGGGGUUGAGUAGUUAAGCUGCCCUUUUUCGAGGUGGCUGUUGGUUAGGGCAGAAAACUGAUGAUUGUGGCAUAUCUUGGUGGCAGCUGUAUGAGACCUUUCAUACAGAUACAAAGAAUGAAAAUAGUUUGCCUUCCUGUGGUAGUGGAGCUGGAGCUGGGGAAGAGCCUUUGAACCAGUGUUUGUUUUCUUUUUUUGGUACUGGGGAUCGAACUCAGGUCCUUGUGCUUGCGACGCAGGUGGCACAACCACUGAGCUAAAUCCCUGGCCCAGAACCAGUGUUCUUAACCUGGUCACGAACCUCCAGAGAAUCCAUAAGCCUCCUGGAAUUCUUUCUAAAAGUUUGGUGAACAUGUGUGUUUUGUUUUUGCUUUUCCCCUAAGAAGCGUCUGUGACAUAGACAUAAGGUUCAGUAAUCCACUAAGGAUAAAGAACCACCAUUCUGAUCCAGCCAUUUAUUUUAACAGGAUGAGAAAACCAGUGCCCAGGCUCACAUAGAACCAGGAUCUCUUCCAGGGCCUUGUGUUACCCCUGUCCAGUAUUUCUUUUGCUGUACUGGCCCAUGACCUCCCGUUGUAUUUACUGUUGAUGUGUAUCACAGCUGAGUAGUGUGCUGGGCCCAGUCCUAGUCUUCUUGAUGGAAUUUUAGGAUCAUUGCAAAAUGAAAGCCAAAAAAUGACAACAAAAUCACCUCUAGCUAGUCUCAGCCUUCUCUAACACUCAGUCGCUAUCAGUAUUUGUGUUUUCUUCCAGUCUGUCUAUAACGGGAUGUGAGGCUGUGGGCUUGUCUUUGAUUGUACUUGUGCUGUACAGUCAGUAUAUUGCACUGUAUACUGUGCAUUUUUUCAUUUAACGUCUCUUACGUAUUCUCUGUUAUGACAGUAUUUAUACUCUGCCUGUUCAAAAUGUCUUUCAGGCACAGUAUUUGGCUUUGUUCAAGUCUAGUUCGUAGAGAAUACUCUGUAUCUGGAGACAGAAAGGGUGUGCCUGAGUCUGUUGUUUCAGUCCUAGGUUUAUGUUUUGGUGUCAUGGAGUUUUUGUAGGUGUUGAGAUAAUAAUCCUAGAAUUUUUUUUAAAUUAUGUAACAAGGAUGGUAUCUGGACUUUGAAAGACUAGAGCUUUGAGUGCCUUCUUUGCCUUUCCUUCUCUGAGAAGAAUUAUUUCUAAAAUUAUGUCACGAGAGAACAUGGAAAACAUUAUAAAAGGACGUCUAACAUUGUUUUGGUUAUGCAUAUUCCUUAUAAUCAUACGGCGUGUAAUAGCAUACACUUCUGGUACAGGGAAAUGAACUUUUUCUCCAAAGAAAUAGGUUACUGACCCACGUGUCACAGUAUUGCGUGACACUCCCUAAGGGUCUGGAGGUCAAAUUCAUGUUGGUGGAUUGUUAUGAAAUCAAUUCUUUGUGGUAUUAUCUUAAAUUCUAUUCUGGUCUUUGGAAUUGGCUUCUGAUCUCUUGAUAGCUAAAAUGGGGACAGAAGCUGAGCUUGUUUUCUGAAGUGAACUAAAGCUCCUUUGUUCUUUGGACUGUGCUCUGGUUCCAUCAGUUUGAUUUCUUCACCCGAAUCCUUGCCCAGCUGUUCCCACCCUAGAGCUUUGCCUCACAUCCUGCCAGCGUUGGCAGUUCUGUGGUGGAGACUCAGUUAAUUUUGGUCAGUAUCUUUUUUUGCGGUACCAGGGAUUGAACUCAGGACCUCGUGCUUGUGAGGCAGGCGCAGUGCCACUGAGCUAAAUCCCCAGCCCUGAGAUUCAGUAAUUUUAAAGGUUUGUGUUGAUUAGUAUAUUUUUAAAAAACAUAAAAACCCUUUUUACUUAACAGAAAUCAAAGCUUACUCCAUGAGCACACCACCACCUUCUAAGCUCUUGCAGGAAUAAUAAUACCACAAGGUGUUGAAAAGAUACAAAGCCUGUGGAAAGUCUGAGGCCUUUUAAAAGAAGGGUGUUAGUGGAUUCUCCAGUAUUUCCCUCUAUAGCCACAUGGGGGCACUUUCAGCCCUAGUAUCAGCGCCUUAACUUCAGAGUGGGAAUUGAUAAAAUUGUGGCCAUAGUAUUUUCUUGAAAGAUCCAGUUGUUACACAGAUAAAUAUUUUCAUAUAAAUAAGUACAUUUUUCUAUAAAAAGUCUGAAAAAUAAAUGUAGAAAGAAAAACACUAUCUAUGAACUUUUUAUCAAAAAUACUCCCUUUCAGCCGGGGAUUUAGCUCAGUGAUUCCACUGCCUGCCUCACAAGCAAAAGGUCCCGAGUUCGAUCUCUGGUACCAAAAAUAAAAAAAAUCCCUUUCUAACUUUUAAUAUUGUUUUAUAGUCUCAGUUGAAUAUUUUUUCUUGUCUAUUUGUCUUCAUACUCUAGAAUACAUUUAGUUUGGUCCUAGUUGUUUUGGGAUCAGCUUUUUAAAAUUAUCUAGUUAAUGGGGAUACUGGAGGGUUACUGUUUAGUGAUUUUAAAACAGUAACUUCUCAAAAGCUUCAUGUUCCAGGAUAGGUAACAGAGAGCUCCAAGAAAGAAAAGAUUUUCAGUGUUCUUUUUGUUGACUCUUGUUUUGAAUUUAGCUGAUUGGCUAAUGAAUGUGCAUGUAAUGUGUUGUUUUUUUAAAAAAUCAAGCCGAGUGUGGUGGUUCACUCCUGUAAUCUCAGCACUCAGGAGGCUGAGGCAGGAGGAUUGCUAUGAGGUCAAGGCCAGCUUGAAAUGCGCAAUGAGACCCUGUCAAAAAGAAAAAAAAUCGAACUGGGCAUGAUGACACAUGCCUAUAAUCCCAGUACUCAGGAGGCUGAGGUAGGAGGAUUGCUGCAAAUUGAAGGCAGUCUGGACAACAAAGUGAGACUGUGUCAAGCGCUACCACCCCCCCACCCCCCCACCCCCCGAUCAAAGUUGGUGGGGAUCCUGUGUUACAUGGGUUAGCUGGGUCUCAUUUCUUACAAGGGGUGUUUCUAUGUAGAACAUGAGCAGUACUAACCCUGGGAUUUAUAUGGGCUCAAAAAGUUCCAUCUGUCUAUUUUAGUGGCACUGGAUCAAGUGUUGUCAGUGAUCUCACCCAACAGAAUUGCCUGUUAGGAGGAAGGAGGUCCAGGAAGGAAGGCCUCAAAGGUAGAGGUAACCAGAGGGAAAGGGCUGAGGCCAAGUUGCUUUUUUAGGGAAGUAGGUGCCCUGGAGAUUGAGUUUGCUGAAUGGACUGUAACCUUAGUAAAAUCCUGUUCUGUUCAUUAAUAGGAUGAAUUGGCUUUUGCCUCCCUGAGCGAGGAAUUGAUGGUUUUGAACCUUACUGAUUAUCCCAGAUCCAUGCCCUGUGUGAACAUCAGCGCUAUAUUAGAGAGCCCUGCCUGGGGCUUAAGCUGCUCACAGCAGAGAAUCACACACACCCAAGAGUCCUUGCUGUCCUUGCUGAAGACGUUUGGAUCCUCUGCUCUGACUCCCCAAAUGACUAAAACAGCAGUUUAUUUGUUUAAUUGCUGGUUGGAGCUGCUAAUGGCUCCUUUUGGAGGCUGUGCUUUUAUUGUGGAAAACUGUGUUGUGACUGAGUGGAGACUUUGCCCCUCCAAAUGCCCUUCAAGGUGUAGCCACCCUCACUCCCAGCAGAAACAUCCUUGUUCCCAAGGAAGUGGAGGAUCAUGGCUGUGCCUCAGGAACCAGGGAUCGGAGCCAGAGAAGGUGUGGAGUUGGCCAGGAUUGGCUUGGAUGUGAUGCUCUGAAGAAGCCAAAGGAUGUAGAAAUCCAGGGUACUUUUCCAGCCACCCUAGGGGAGCCAAAUUGAGAGAGAGCUUGCAGUUCAUCGCCCUAGGUCAUGUUGCAUUUCCACUCCUUAUAGAAGGUACAGCAGUCUGACUAAACUAUGAAGCUGAGGUUUUUCUCUCAGAGUGAGAGCAAGUCUUCAGUGAGAGAAGGACUCCGCACCUUGGGAAGUACGUAAGCAGAAUGGACCUUGAAGCUUGCUUGUGUCCUUAUCCUGCUUGGAGUUUUUGAUUUCUAGUUAGGAAAUCUACCAGUGGGUUAGGAAAUCUAAUUUGAAUGAAAAGGCCAAGACCGCAAAUAAAUAAUUGCAGGUGUAGAGUUUUGUCUGUUUAAAAACAAACCUGGGCUUCCUUGUUAGCAGGGACCUGAUCAUUGAUUGGCUACCUUCAACACAGAUUGACUUAUUAAGGUGGUGUGUCAUCCCUGUGUUGCAGCUGAGGAAAGCUCAGAGCUGGGUGUGGUGGUGCAUGCCUGUAAUCCCAGCACUUGGGAGGUUAAGGCAGGAUUGUUGAGAGUUCAAGACCACCCUGGGCCACACAGUGAAUUUGAGGCCAGACUAGACUACAUAAUGAGAGUCUCUCUUUAUUCCUGUCUAAAAAGAAAGCUCAGAGUUUAAGUUACUCGCCUUAAGUUUCUUCACAGAGUGAAGACAGCGAUGGGAUUUCUCCAGUUCAAGAAUCCAAGACUAGGAUAUUUUGCUAAGUCUUAGAAUUUUGGGACAAAAGUGCUGCACUUAAAAUGGGAAUGUACUUUCAGUCUCAUUUGACCUACCUCUGUGGAAUUAUCUAACAUGGGGAAGAUAGAAAAAAGUACAUUUUACCCAACUUCACAGUUUAGCGCUUUAAGGUAAGGUCAUUUUCCAGCCUGUGAUCAAUGAGUGACAUUUAGUAAGUAAAAUUACUUAUAAUUAGUUCUUAAUUUAUGCUACCAAAUCUUCACAGAAUCUUUUAUUUGGCAAACGUGCAGAUAAUUAAGUAGUUAAUGAAACCACAAAAUAAAAUGUCUAGUGAAAGCACAUGUUGGACCACAAUCAAUGUGAAAUAACUGAUAAUUAUGUAAUGACUCUUUGACAAUACAUAAUUGUAUAAUAAUGAAAGGGAGGCUUAGUUCUUUUUUUUUUUUUUUUUAACGCAACUCCAAAUAUUUCACAUACAGAACACCACAAAACUGAUACGCUUUGUGAGCUUGCCGGAGAAGGUAACAUUGUUAGAAAAAUCAGCAAAUCUUUUCCCAGGUAGUGCGUGUGAAGCAGUGGAAGUCUGGGAAAAGCAAAAGCUGCUUGCCAUCUGGCAGACCCUCUUCAGGGAGUGUGGCCCAGUAGUCUGGAGGGAGAGCCAGGAAACUCCCAGCUGGGGGACUUGGCUCACUGCAACAGCCUGCCAGCCCCCAGGGAAAUGGCAUCUUGUACUGCCACUGUGGUAUCCAAAAAGGAUGCUGUCUACAGAGCUGGGCUGAGCAAGACCCCAUGGGACCCAGAGAUUUGCCAGUGGGAGACUCAGUGUCUCUUGUCGGAGAGGGAGAGCUGUAGUCUGACCGUACCUGGGAUCCUUCUUCAGGCAUGUGCCAGAAUGCCUGCCCUUGGGCCAAAUGGGCGUAUGUUGUGGGGCUUUAGGGACCAAACUGACUGACACUUCGAUGAUCCCUGGACCAGCAAAAAGGACUUUUUCAUGCACAAAGAGAAAUAGCUCCUCAUUUGUUCUAGGAGCUAGGCAAGAAGGAGAGGAGUUUGCAUCCUCACAAAAAGGAAGUAGUUAUUAUUCAAUUUCUGGUAGUUACUGCCGUGCUAAAAUAUGUGCUGUGUUGUUGGAUCUUCUGAUUUUUUGAAGAAAGCCCAAAGUCCAGAUUUAUGGGAAAUGUACUUAACUAAAUCUUGACAAUGAAAUCACUGUUUAAAAAGAAAAAGUAAA